GCCUCCGGUUUGUCUCUCUUCUGUGUUCUCUUGGCACGCUUUUACUACUCUGGGAUUAUCAUUUUACUUAAUCUUGUGAAAAAGUCAUGGCUAAUCCAAAGGUCUUCUUUGAUAUGACUGCCGACAACGCUCCGCUUGGCAGAAUUAUAUUUACGUUGAAAAAGGAUGUUUGUCCUAAAACGACUGAAAACUUUCUUCAACUCUGCACUGGCCAGAAUGGCUACGGCUAUAAAGGCUCGACGUUUCACAGAGUUAUUCCAAACUUUAUGUGUCAAGGCGGAGACUUUACCAACCACAACGGGACUGGCGGAAAGUCCAUAUAUGGCAGCAAGUUUGAAGAUGAAAGCUUUAAGAUUCCGCACAAAGUCGGCGCUCUCUCUAUGGCUAAUUGCGGCCCGAACACCAACGGAUCCCAAUUUUUCAUUUGCACUUCUUCGUGUUCUCACUUGAAUGGAAAGCAUGUUGUCUUUGGUGAAGUCACUGAAGGGAUGGACGUAGUGAAGGUGAUAGAGUCGUACGGAAGUCAGAGUGGAAAGACUUCAAAAAAGAUUGCUAUAGAAAAUUGCGGGCAGCUUUAAAUUGUUAUUUUUAAUAAAAAACUUUUGGCCUUA